AUGUGCACGGCGUUUCGGAAUUUUGCGCGAAUUCAUGGUGAGCUUCACAGAAAACGACAGAAUUAUUUUGAGAAGCGCGGACUGGAAAAUGCGAUUCAGUUGUGAGUUAGACUAAGUCUGGGCCUAAAAAUAAGCGUAAUUUAAAGGAACAUCGAUCAACAAAAUGCGAAAAUUGGACAGACUAUUGAAUGUUUGGCGGUUUGUGAGGAGAUCACCAAAAAGGUAGGGGAUUUCUAGGCCUGAAACUUUGAGCCUAAAAACAAGCCUAAAUUUAGGAUUUCAGUACAAUUGCUCACUAACAAAUUCCUUCCAAAUUCUCAUCGACGAAUUCGCCGCCAAAACUUUUGAACUCACCAGUCUAACCUCUCAAGUUCACCUAACUUGCCCCAAUCAAACAACAGUCCCGCAAAGUCGCGAGAAAUCUCGGAAAAUUGCCGAAAUCGAGUGGCGAAUUGAGCGCGAAAAAUCGCGGAUUCAAAUUUUGGACGGCAAGAUUCAGGAGAUUUUUGACAAGAGGAAAUGA